GUAUCAGCUGCGUUCCUUUAAUUGUUUCCGUACCUGACCCCAUAUCCCCAUCACUCCUACUCCUCCUACUCCUACUACUACUACAACCAGAUACUGACCACCUCUACCACCACCUACACCCGACAAUCACCACCCUCACCUACAGCGAACCACCACCAUGCCCAAAAAACCCGUCAAACCCCCCAAACCCACCAAACAACCCCCUCCCUCCACCACCACAUCAACCACCUCCACCACACCCCCCAACUGGCCCCCUCUCCGCCCGCUCCUCCCCUCCACCUCCCUAACCCUCGACCCCCUCCUCCCCUCCCAAAUCUACCUAAUCCGAAACUUCUUCCCCUCAACUCUCUGCAAAACCUACUCCUCCUUCCUCUCCUCCCUCCCACUAACCACCACCCCCGGGAAGCCCAAAAAAGGCGACGCGGUGCGCGUCAACGACCGGUUCCAAAUCCAGGAUGAUACGUUUGCGGAGAUAUUGUGGAGUCAGACGGCGUUGAGGGAUUUGGUGAUGAGUGUUGCGGAGGAGGAGGAAGUAGAGAGGGGGGAGGAGGGGGGGGAUAAUGUGAAGAAUCAGGGUGGGGGGAAGGAUUUGAAGGAGACGUGGGGUGGGGAGCCGAUUGGGUUGAAUGGGAAUAUUCGCAUUUAUCGGUAUUCGAAGGGGCAGUUUUUUGCGCAGCAUUAUGACGACUCCAAUGCCAUCACCUUCCCCUCCCCCGGUCGCCCUCCCCGAGCCGCCCGCACCACCUGGACGCUCCUCAUCUACUUGACCAGCUGCGAGGGCGGCGAAACCGUCUUCUAUCCGGAGCCUACCCGCACCAAUCGCAACCCGGAGCCCGUCUCGGUGGCUCCGGUGCCCGGCAUGGCGCUGCUGCAUCGACAUGGGGAUCGCUGUAUGUUGCAUGAGGGGAAGGAGGUUCGGCAGGGGGAGAAGUGGGUAUUGCGAAGUGAUUUGGUGGUUGCGCGAUGA